GUACGCCCAACACUGUCAUGAGCCUUGUUUUAUAUUAUUAAUCAUGACCACUAACAUCUCGUAAGAGUUUGAUAAAGCCAAAUUAAGUGAAAAAUAAUUAGAACAUUUCUUUUCUUUUUUCUUUGACAAAGUUGAAAAAUAAUACACUCCAGAGUUGUAGCAAAGUAAUAUCAAGUGGCAGAAAAUGGAAGUUGAUUAAUUGUAACUCUGUAUUUGUAGCAGCUUAGUAACACUUGAAUGACCUGCUGCUGAACACAUUACUGUUUCAUUUUCUUUUGCACUGCGUUUGUGGAUAAUUUCUGUAUUCAACCCAACACUCACUUUUAUUUGUAAGAAACAUUUCAGCACAGCAGAUGUUGGCAAACUGUCAUGUUGACAUUCAUCUUUAUUUUUUCUUGUUGUAGGGCUUUGAUUAGUCGGUUACGUUAAAGCAUCGCCUUCAUAAAUAAAUGAGCCCUUUUCCUCUAAGGAAGUGAGGAAAAAAGGCAGGACUACGGAGUAGCAAAGAGAGCGAUCGUUACAAUCCCCCAAGAUGACAGAGAGCAGAUGGUAUGAGCAUGCGUGAGUCCAUUCAUGUGUCAGAGUCAUGUGAAAGGGGGGGGUGCUCAGCUGUGUGGAAAUGAGAGGGAAAGCUAAAGUUCUCCAGCACACACCCUCCCAUACCUUUCCUCACUGGUUCAGACUCUUUAAAAGCUGCUGCCCGUCUUGUCUGUCUGCUUCAUCAUCACUUUGUCGUAGCAGGAGGAAAUUACAGCCACUCUCCCACAGAUAGAGAGACAGCAGUCUGUGGAUUCAAAAAAAAUAGAACAAGAACUCUUCAUAGCAAAGAUUUAACUAGUCUGUACUAAAAGACUGGAAACAUUUUAGUGCAAGAUGAUCCUGUAUUUAAACAUCUUGAUGCUGUUCCUCCUGGAGACGGCUCUGUCGGGCCCACUUACCACACCACCAAGAGGAUGUCCCACCUGUGAAGGAAAGCACUCCCAGACUCAGCCGUCUGUAGAUUUAAAUGCCACCGCUCUGGACCUUGGAGAGCCAUGUGGUGUUUACACUCCUGGCUGCGCCCACGGUCUGCGUUGUGAGCCGCCAAGAGAUGCGACAAGGCCUCUCCGUGCCCUGCUGGAGGGCAGAGGAGUCUGUCGUAACGCCAGCAGUGCCAGCCUAGCUACACAGCUCCACGUCGGAGACUCUACUCCUACUGAAGAUCCAGAUCAGCCCCCAUGUCGUAAACUGCUGGGUACACUUCUCAGAGGUCUUGAUGCCCAUGUAUUUCAGUCUCAUCAUGACAUUUACAUGCCCAAUUGUGACAAGCAUGGUUUCUUCAGGAAGAAGCAGUGUUGGUCGUCUCGAGGUAAGCACCGUGGAAAGUGUUGGUGUGUGGACAAGGAUGGCACACCUGUUUCUCCAGGAGCAAAGCAGGAAGGAAGCCUGAGUUGUUAAAGUGCAAAAAGGGAGCUGAAGGUUAAUGAUCAAAAAAGACUGAGAUGAAGGAACACCAAUCAGAGACUAUACAAACUGAACUCGGUGUCUCAUGCCAGUCGCCAUCAGCUGGAAGCAUCUCUCUAUCAAAGAAAGGCUGUUUCACGACUGGGUGAAACUUUCUCCCCUUGCGCCCCCUGCUGAACGCUUUCAAAUUGUGAUCAUUUGAUUCUUUCCCAUUAGAUGUACAGUUAUUUAUAGAUUGUGCAUUAUUUGUACUUGUGAAAAAAAUGUUCUGGUAGUGAUUAAUGGGGAUCCAGUUAAACAAAGACGCAGAUCAGUAUCAUAAGAAAUGUAUAUUAAUAUGUAAAAUUAUCCUGUCAAGUGUUGGGCCAGUGGAAACCUGUUUUCUUUCUGAAUUAUUUAGCUCUGCUUUGACUUUCAGAAAUUGUACCUGUAGCUUUGAUUGCUGAUAUUUAAGUUAUUCUAAGUCCUCUAUGUUUCACACUACAAACAAUGCUUCAUGAAAGAAAUCCAUGUAUUUUGCUUUCAGUGUUUCAUGUUAUCAUUGACCACUUUAUCACAUUCAGUACUUUGUUUUUCAGACAUUAAAUAUUCUUGUAUUUAAUAAUUUUUCAAGAUUGAGAUUACAAAAUCAGCUUGAGAGACCACACACACACACACACACACACACACACACACACACACACACACACACACACACACACACA